AUGCAGACCAAGGUGGUGCUGGAGGACGAUGAAAUUCGCCCCUGGCAUGAGGUCCCCACUUUCCGUCCUGAGCUUCCCGAGGAUCCCAAGCGCAAGUCGGCUUCUGGCAGCGGUUACGGCAAGGUUCUGCCUGUCGUCACCCCCAAGACUCCGGAGCGCCCCUCCUUCAAGCCUGAGGUGAAGCGCACUCAGUCGGCGCAAAAAAUGUUGCAACGCACCGCCUCCUCUGGUUACGGUCGCGUGACCGCUCAGUCUCCUCGCCCCAAGUCAGCCCCAGAGACACCCUCGUUCCGCCCGCGCUUGAGCAAAACCUCUCGCCUGCGCUCCGAGGUCAAGUCCUCCGGCUACGGCAAGGUGCUGCCGCCCCGCAAGGAGUCAAUCGGCACCCCUGAGCCCAAGUCCCCCUACCUGCCACGUUACACCCUCCUCAUGGAUCGCCCCGAGCCCAAGGCUGCAGAGCCCGAUGAGCGCGAGUCUGCCUUUGUCUUGGAUGGUGUCGCCUCCUCCACUCAGAACCGCCUCUACACUCCUGUGGAGAAGCCCAAGCUCUCAGCCAAGCAGCGCGAGCUGCUGGACAAGGCUCCUUCAAGCGCCUACGGCAUCAACUCACCACCCGUCACGCCGCGCCGCGAGCCGGCGCCUGCACCACGCUCCUUCAAGCUUGAUCGCUCCAGCGUGCUUGACGAGCCCCUCGAACCCUUUGCCACCAAGACGCCGUUGGCCGACAAGGUGCGCUCCUCCAACUACCGCAACUACCGUCCCGAGGUCAAGCCCCGCCAAGAGCGACCUGCUUCCGAGUCCCAAUGGGCCCUGGCGUCCAAGGGUGCCUGGAGCGAUCAGGUCGAGCCCGUCCCCCGCAGUCAUCUGAACGAUCAAGUUCAGUCCCACGGCUAUGGCUCGGUUUCCCCCGCCAAGGGCCCACGCUAUGAGGUGGCCGCCAAGCCCUUGUGGCUGCCCAACAACAAAGCCCACAAGAUGACACCUCCCGCGCCCAUCCCUCGCUCCCGCCUCAACGACCAGGUGCAAAGCCAUUAUGGCAAGACCUAUGAUCCCUCAGCGCUGUAUGCAUUCAACGGCGACGAGGAGUUUGAUGAUGAGAUUGCUCAUGGCUCUCGCCGCAUCAAUGGUGCCAGCCACAACGCGAGCUACGAGAACGGUACAGGCGUGGAUGAGGAGGAAGAUGAUAUUGAAGCUUACUAA